ACUUGUCCUGAUGACAUUCAGUCUGUAGAAAUAAUCACUGCAUUAAAAACCCUUUUGCUGUCGAACCGUUUCAGCAGUGAACUCGUUUCCACCAAGAGAUGAACGUAAAAAUCUGAUCAUUUCUUCUGUGUCUCUCCAGGAGAGCAAAGAAAUGCUGAUGUGUUCGUCUUCCACUGGACCUGGAGUUGCACCAAUAAACACAUUCACAUGCAACCUAGGGUUAAAUGCCUUGCCCUAAGGCACAUUGGCAUGUGACAGUAGCAGUGGUUCUGUAAUCAGCCGUCUGUGAUCUGUCCACCUUCUUGAAGGAGACGAGACACAGGAGCUGUCCUAAAGUUAAACUGAGAGAGGACAGCAGAUCAACAAUGAUCCACUGCAGCAGGAGGAAGAAAUGAUGUCAUUGGAGGAGCUGAAGAUGGCGGCGGCGCUGACGCAUCCCUCCGGAAGCUCUCGCCCUGGGUCCGGCGGAAGUUGAGCCGCUGCUAACAGUUAGCUUCCUUUGUGCGGCCCGAGAGGCAGAGACGGUGGUUCUGUUGGACCGGAGCGGAAAGUCCGAGCCGCGGCAGCAGCGAUGUGUUCCGUCCAGCCUCUGAGAGCCUUCAUCCGGGACCGGCUGGCCGCCGCGGCCGAGGAGAUCUUCUCCGAGGUGGAGCGAACCGUCGGCCGCUUCCAGGAGGAGCUGGACGCGCAGCGGAGGCUGCUGGCGCUGUGCCUGAAGCCGCAGGUCCGGCUGACCAGGAUCGAACAUCUUCAGCACCACGUUUGUAAGGAGGAGGUUCUAAUGGGCUACGAGAGUACCUGCAGUCUGGACCGGGCCGAACCAGAACCUCUAUGCAUCAAAGAGGAGCAAAUGGAACCGAACCACAUUCAGAUCAGACCCGACCCAGAAGAACCAGAACCUGCACAGCUCACAGAGACUCUGCCGGAACCAGGAGCAAAUGCAGGAGAAGCUGCGGAGGAACCAGAACCUUUCCUGAACUUGGACGGUCAGGAGGUUCUGUCAGAACCAGACCGGCCGCAGAUCAUAGACGACCUGGGCGAGUUAGAAUACCUGGACUUUGACGAGUACCUGGACGACCCGGAGAGUCCGCAGAUCACAGAUGACCUGGAAGAACCAGAACUUCUAGAACCAGAACACGGCCUGGAAGAACCAGAACCGCAGAACAGAACCAGGAAAGUGGAAUUCUGGACUCGACACGAUGAUGAGGGCCUGCUGCUGAGGAAGGAGUUUGAUACCUUCGUGCCUCGACAGAGAAAAUCCAAAACCGAAGAACCGGUACCAGGUUCUGACAACCGAGCAGAAAUCCAACAGAACUACAUGUAUGGGGAGGAGGUUCUGGCUGAGCAGGAGCAGAACUUCAGUCUGGACCUGAAAGUACCGGACCGUCCUCAGAUCAAACAGGAACAGGAAGACGUUGGUCCAGUCAGGCCGGACAGAGAGCGGACGCCGACAUCUUCGUGGUGACGGUGAACUACGACGAGGGUGAGCACAGCGAACCAGAACCCAGCAGCUCCCAGCAGUCCGAAGACUCCGACGAACCCAAACCGUUCGUCUGCAAGACGUGUGGCAAGAGGUUCUCCAACAUGUUGCUGCUCCACGACCAUCGGGACACCCACCAGAAGGAGAAACCCUACUCCUGCC